UCCACUAGCCAAGACCGCGGCAACUUGCCCCACUCGGACCCAGUGAAUAGCCAGUGUACAGAUACCUGAGAGAUGGUACCCGCCAGAGGCAAAAACGUGAAGAAGGGAAUUCUGCAACGUUUGGAUUCUGGAGAGAUUGUAAUUGGGGAUGGGGGAUUUGUCUUUGCCCUGGAGAAAAGAGGAUAUGUGAAAGCUGGGCCCUGGACUCCAGAAGCUGCAGUUGAACAUCCAGAAGCUGUGAGACAGCUUCAUCGGGAAUUCCUUCGAGCAGGCUCAAAUGUCAUGCAAACCUUCACCUUCUAUGCUAGUGAGGACAAACUGGAGAACAGAGGGAAUUAUGUUGCAGAGAAAAUAUCUGGGCAGAAAGUGAAUGAAGCUGCUUGUGACAUUGCCCUGGAGGUGGCUGCAGAAGGAGAUGCUUUGGUUGCUGGUGGAGUUAGUCAGACACCAUCAUACCUGAGUUGCAAGAGUGAAACUGAAGUGAAAAAAAUUUUUCGUCAACAGUUAGAAGUCUUUAUGAAAAAGAAGGUGGACUUUCUGAUUGCCGAGUAUUUUGAACAUGUUGAAGAAGCUGUGUGGGCAGUUGAAGCGUUAAAAGAAUCUGGAAUGCCAGUGGCCGUUACCAUGUGCAUUGGCCCAGAAGGAGACCUGCAUGGUGUGGCACCUGGAGAAUGUGCGGUGCGACUGGUUAAAGCAGGAGCUUCCAUUGUUGGUGUGAACUGCCAUUUUGACCCCACAAUUAGUUUAAAAACUGUGAAACUUAUGAAAGAGGGUUUAGAGGCUGCCAGAUUAAAAGCCCAUUUGAUGACACAGCCAUUGGCUUACCAUACUCCAGACUGUGGCAAACAAGGAUUUAUCGAUCUUCCAGAAUUUCCAUUUGGUCUGGAACCCAGAGUUGCUACCAGAUGGGAUAUUCAAAAAUAUGCCAGGGAAGCCUACAACUUGGGUGUCAGAUACAUUGGGGGCUGCUGUGGAUUCGAGCCUUAUCACAUCAGAGCAAUUGCUGAGGAGCUGGCUCCCGAAAGGGGCUUCCUGCCUGAAGCUUCUGAGAAACACGGCAGCUGGGGGAGUGGUUUGAGCAUGCACACCAAGCCCUGGAUUAGAGCAAGGGCAAGGAGAGAGUACUGGGAAUCUCUACCCCUGGCUUCUGGUAGGCCAUAUUGUCCUUCUAUGACCAAACCUGAUGCCUGGGGAGUGACCAAAGGAACAACUGAGCUAAUGCAGCAGAAGGAGGCCACAACUGACCAGCAACUGAAUGAGCUGUUUCACAAACAGAAAUUCAAAUCUUCAAUAGCCUAAUGUAAUGUGUAUACUUGUAUAUUUGGGGUGCAUUAGCACUCAUAAUUUGCAGGCUUGCUCUCAAAUUAAAUACAAAUGGAACCUUAAAAACAAAAAACAAAAUAUAUUUUUGAAGUUUACUUAUCAGUGACAAUGGGGCUUUUCUCAUUUCUUUGGUGACACUUUUGAAGAGAUGAUUAAAUUGCUCUAGGAGACUAAGUAUAAGGAAAUACAUGCAGCAACUGAAUAGGUUUGUGUUACUAUCUUUUGGAUUAUAUUAAUUAUAUCUAAUAAUGUCUAAUUUUAAUUCUUCCCUCUCAAUCUCUCUGACCCACCUUCUGCAUGGGUACUUGGGAUGUAUCUGGAAUAGAAAAAAAAAAUCUCUAAACUUUCAGAGGCCAACUAGUCCAAACCUCUCAUUUAACAGAUAAGAAAACUGAGUUCUGCUCUGGGAUUUGUAACCAAAUUAACACUACCCUUCCUGGUAAUGAUCAAUAAAUUGUCCUAUGAUGCCACUUA